AAGAGCCAGCCUCCAGAUCUGCUCUCAGAGCUGUAGCUGACACACCGAGAAACAGCCGGACAACACAAACACACACACGCAGGAUGAUGGAAGCCGAGGAGGAGUGGAGGAACAAAGACCCGAGUGCACACCAACUAUUGCUGGAUAAAAAGGUGCUCUGCAAGCAGAAUGGAAGGAUCGGUAUAGUGAGAACCCUCCACAGCCUGUUGAAAACUCAGAACACUCUGCAGAUUCACUCCAUCGCCCGCUCAGAAUGUGCUGGCUCGUGUCCGGACCUCAUGAUGAGUAGGAGCGAUCACUUUGAUGUGCGGCCCCCCGCGGCCCUCACCCCCCAGCUGCCCCCCCGAGCCCACCGGCCCCUCUGCAUGUCCGUCUCCUCCGACAGCAGCGGGCGCUUCAAAGCUCUGGAGACGCAGGAGUGGAAGAACAACCUCAAAGCACAGAUGGAGCAGGCCCACAGUGCAGGAGCAGCCAGCAGCACCGGGUCUCUGGAGCGAGCGUCCCUCUUCUGCUCUUCCAGCUCCGGCCUGUCCUCCCCCGUGGAAAUCCUCAACAAAAACAAAUCGUCCUCGUCUUCGAGCCGCUUCUCUCUCUUCUCUCCGCCGUGGAACAGCAGCUCCGAGUCCGAAUCCAACCCUCCGUCUCGCUCCGGAUCCAAAAAAAAGCUUCGUAACUACAGCCGUCGAGCCGCCACUGGACCCGCGGGAGCCCGGGGCCCCGACACACCCGAAACAAAACCCAAACCAGUGGAACAACAACACUUCCAAUACUCCGAACCCGUGAUCUCCAGAGUGACGGAUUUCAUCUACGUUGGAAAUCUGAACGCGGCGUAUAACGGGCGUUCGCUUUGCCGCAAUAGCAUCGACAGCAUCAUCGAUAUGAGCAGCGUUUCGGGGGAUCCGGGUCCCAUUUUGAACGUGAUCCCGUGCACCUGUUCUCGUGGUGCCAGACACACGUGGUCUCGACUCAAAGUGGAUAUCGGAGACGUGCCGGAGCAGCGGUGUUUCGAGGAUAUCAACGAGUGUAUCGGCGCCUCCACAGAGAAGAGGAAGCGCGUCCUGGUGCACUGCAGAGACGGGUUCUCGCUGGCGCCCACGUGCAUCAUUCAGUACCUAAUGGUGAAGCAGAACAUGAGGCUGAUCGCCGCCUACGAGCUGCUGAGGGCCCGGUACCCCGUCAACAUCCGGGAGCGCCACCAGAACCUGCUGGUGAGCCUGGAGAGGGCUCUGAGGCCCGGAGGGAACGUGGACCCCGAGUGCUUCAAACAGGCCAUUUCCCGCAAAGUGGCGUGGACCUGACGCCCGUUUCCCAUCAUGCUUUGCCUGCUGCUCCGGACUCUCUUUACUCCUUUUAGCGUCCCAGAGCUUAAACACGCUUCUGGUCUUAAUAUACGUGGUGUAGAGUGGUGCAGGAAUGAGUCCUAAAACCCUGCAAUGAGUCAGCAUUCUAGCAGUUAUCUAGUCCCGAAGUCAAUGGGGUUUAAUAUGUGUUGUUUUUAACGUGGCGUGGACCUGACGCCGUUUCCCAUCAUGCUUCAGACUCUCUUAAUAUCCCCACGUGGUGUAGAGUGGUGCAGGAAUGAGUCCGCAUUCUAGCAGUUAUCUAGUCCUGAAGUCAAUGGGGUUUAAUAUGUGUUAAUAAGGUCUGUGGUUAACACGAGCUGAAGAGAUUUUAACGUUUAAAUACGCCGGUAAAUACCCCACUGGUGAAUUUUAAACACUGCUAACAAGUGUCUAAAUGAGACGACUAACCUCCCAUUGGACCGGGGAGACGUUGCCUUCAGGGUCCAACACAGAAAUUACGACAUCCCUGCACCACUCUAUUGGAUUUAUUUCCCUAUAGACACCACAGGAAGCUCUACCCCUGUGGAUUCUGGAUAUUCCCGUCCCCACUUGAGUUCAGUGGUUCUGAUGAGUUUGCUCUUCAAACCUGGAAAUGUGACCCGAUAGACUUCAGUGUAACAUACUUAGCUUCUCGGUAUAACGGUGUGAUGGUGUUUCGCUGUAUAGUUGAUAUUGUCCUGCUUCAGUUCUGUCGUGGUGUUGUUAAAUAUCAGGGGAAGAUCUCAGGAGAUUAUUGAUGUCAAACCAGUGCAGGGUGGGAAUCUCUCGUUAGUCAGCGUUUCAGUUCACACCUGCCACUAAAAUGCAUCUUGUUUAGCUGUGUGUGAUAUUUCCAAAAGGUUUUUCUUAACAGCCGGUUUGUUGCUCAGCUGUGCAGCCACAACUUUAACUUUGGUUCAAAAGCCACGGUACAAAUAAUGAGUUAUUGCAGGAUUAAGGAAGGGGAGAUGAUAAAACUGCCUGUUGCUAAACCAGAAGAGCUUUGCAUUUGGAUCUUUAGUAAAUGUCCAAACGUACUGGCAUCAAAAUGUACCUAAAACAUUACAAUAUUUGAUGCUUUAUGCCAGCGGUUCCCAACCUUUUUGAACUCGGGUCCACUUAAGAAUCUAAAACAGGGUUUAGUUGAAUACUUGACUCUGAUUGGUCGAUUCAGAACAUGUGACACAUAAAUGGUCAAAUGGACUGUACUUAUAUAGCGCUUUAUCCAGUCUUUAAGACCCCUAAAAGCGCUUUACAUACCACAGGUCGUUCACCCAUUCAUACAGAGCAGUGUACCUUACUCUAGGACCUAACAUUCACACGCCAUCGGGAGCAACUCAGGGUUAAGUAUCUUGCCCAAGGAUACAUCGACAUGUUGACAGCAGGGGCUGGGAUCGAACCCACAACCUUCUGGUUGAAAGACGACCGCACUCCCUUGCAGCCACAGUCGCCCUGUAAAUGAUAUUGAUUAGAUUAUUUAAGAUCAUACCUUAACAUUACACUAGUUGUGUCACUUACUUGCAUUCUCCAUGGGCAGUCAUCACCACCGUAGUCGUAUGUCAUUUCCUCUCCUUGUUGUUUGCCCUCUAUGGCGAACAAGCAUACAUGUGGCUUCCUAUCCACAUCGACUCUUUUCAUCUUACAGUUGGGCCCAAGGUGGUCGUCCCGUCCAAAUGACCCAUCUUCCCUUGAGGCGUCAAAACUUAACCAUACAAAUAAGAGGAAAGGGAACACAAACGAACAGUCCUUCAUUUCACUUCCUUUAAAACUGGUAUGAGUUGUGAUAUAUUUUAUUCUCUGAUGCAGUUUAAUCAAUGUUAGUGCUGGAUAUAACUGUCAUAUAUCCAACUGAUUAAAGCCUUAUAACAUUCAGUGCAGUUUAGCAUGGGUUUUAGUCAUUGUGAAACUACAAAUCUUACCUCCAUGUCUUCCCUCGCCACUUAAAUGAAAAAAGAAAUCCAGCACAAGUCGGAUGAUACAUGUGUUGUCUUCUGUGCAGUUCCUUAUCAUUGAUAAGGUCCCCUCUACUCAAAAGCUAAAUGUCCCGUGGAAAACUGACCAAGGGCAAUCAUACCACGUCCUUCAAGACAAUAUAUGACAUGUCCAGUGAAAGUGGCCGUUAGAAUGAUGAGUCUGUGGACUAUAUGUCAUUCCAAAAGCAAUGUGGAGAUAAGAAGCGACAUUUACACCAAUUGAUUAUGUUACAAUAUAAUGAACACCUUAUGUAACAUCCUCUUACCUUUCACUGCAUUGAUGUAUUUCACAUCUAAUUGAUUUGUUUCAUCAGUCUUUGAUUGGACAUUCUGCUGGGCAUCCUUAAGGGGACUGACCCUUGGUGCCCCUUUCACACCAACGCGGUUCCCGUUCCGUGCUAGAGCUUUUCUGGUUCGGAACCGGUUUUCUUUUCAGCCCCCGCUCUGUUCACACCGUCCAGAGCCCGAGUGGUGUUGCGUCAUCGUUUGCGUCAUGACGUAACCGUUUACGUGCCUGCUUCAUAAAGCCAAACCGUGCGGAAACCCCUCACAACAACAACAAUGGCCGAUUGUAUUGAAGCGCUACUCGUUUUGGUUUUACUCUGUCGAAACGAAAUGGAAGAAAUGGGACGACUUUACUACGAACUUUACAUUCGUCACAUGCGACAUUCAAAUGCCCAUGCCCCCGCCUCCGACGUAAGCGUGACGGAUGCGGUUCUUGCUUCUAGACCGACAAUUUUUUGGUGCUUGAAAAGCACCGGGUUUCGGUGCUUAGAGCCGGCUCCGCUGCGGUGUGAACAGGAAAAAAAUUGUGCUUUUCAGUAGGGCUGUGCAAUUAAUCGUAUAUUAAUCUCGAUUACGAUUUUGGCUUGCAACGAUUACGAAAACAACGUAAUCGAAAUAAAACGAUUAUUAUUUUUUUGUAUUGGUUUUUCAGUUGAAUUAUACUUAAAGUUCAGGGCAAUCAACUGUUAAAAACAUACUGUUCAAUUAAUUUCUCAAUAAAUGGAUGUUUUCAAAGUAAAUGGAUAAUCGUUUUUAAUAAUCGUGAUAUCAAUUAUUGACCAAAAUAAUCGUGAUUAGGAUUUUUGCCAUAAUCGAGCAGCCCUACUUUUCCGGCUCUAGCUCCGAACCGGCCCCGGAACCGCGUUGGUGUGAAAGGGGCAUUGGUGGCAUUUCCAACUGCAGAGAAAGGUAGCAAAAAUUAGAUGGCUUUUUUUCAUUCUUGUUCAUCACUCCAAACUGCGCUAGCUGCUAAAGCAUAUCACACACCUGAGCACCAUGCAAAUACACUUUAACGGCUAGCUAUGCACCGACUGUAUCACUACUUUACACCACAAAUAUUUACUUUCAUUUCUUUCUCAGGUGUGAACUGAAAACAUGUGAACCAGCCAUUUAUUUAGAAUUGUUGUUUUUCCUCCUACAAAUCUAGUUUGGAUGUAAUUUAGCUGUUGAAGAAUCCGGUUGCUGCCGACGCCCUGAAGAACGCACAUGUGUUUUUAUCAUUAUUGGAUUUACAUCGACUGGAUCUAUCUGCUUCUUUCGGGAACUUUGCACACGGACCCACGUUUUUAAAUCUUCAGUCUCACGCAGUUUUCUUUGUGUUUUCCGAGGUCGAUGGAAAAUGAAGGCCCAACCUGUCCUCUGUGAGGAAGACACUGUUUGCUCGGUUGAAUCUCUCUGGUGGUGCUUUGUGAAGAUGAAUGUCCGUGUAUAUGCAGUGAAGCUGGGUGACGUCUGUGGAUUAUCAGUAUUAUUGUGUCUGUGCCACUCAAUACGCUGCGAGAGGGGAUUUUGCACAAAUCACCGGGUCGUCCUACAUGCAAACAUCGCCUUUUAUUUUAUUAUUGUUUGAAUUAUUGUUAUAUCUGGACGUGGUUUGCACAUUUUGAGGAUCGUUUACAUGCUCAUUAUCCUGAUAGUUGAUGGUUUAAUUAAAAUGUUUACAUGUUUCACACGCUCGAUAUAUUCCCCGAAAACCUGAGUUAUUUAUUUUUUGAAAACGGUGUGAAUCACAUCCAGGGGUUUUUCUAGAAAGAGUACUGUGGAUCCUGUUUAUAAGAUAUAUCAAAGAGAACUCUGUUCGAUACUUCUGGAGGAAUUAUACCGUUUCUGAAAAUAUUGUUUUCUGAUCACAUUACAACGUUGGUCACAAACAAUCCGUAUAACAACUUUACCAAAAAGAGACACUCACGCACACACACACACACACACACACUCAAAGACAGAGACACACACAGGGAAACACACACAUAGGCAACACACACACAAAGACAGAGACACACAGAUACACACACACACACACCAUGUAUACAUCACUUCAGGGGACAUUACAUUGACUUACAUGCAUUUCCUGGAGACUUAUCCUAACCUUAACCAUAACCAACACAUCCCUAACCCUAACCAAGUCUUCACCCUAAAAUGAAUGAUUCCCCUUAUGGGGACCUCCAAUUUGUCCCCAUAAGGGAAGCCAGUCCCCACACGUGACUAUGUAAACAGAUGUAGGUCCCCACAAGUAUAGUAAUGCUAGCCUACACACACACAGAAGUCUUAAAACGUUGGUCACAAACAAUCCAUAUAACAACUUUACCCAAGAAAAUAUUUUAUAAAAAUCACACUAAAUGUCAACGAGCGAAAACAUCAUUUUUAAAUGAUUUUUUUAGUCUAUAAAAUGAAAGACCAUCGUGAACAAUUUUCUCACAGUUUAAAGCAAGGUCUAAAAUUAUCCAGGAAAACCCAAGUAAUUGUGAGAUAAAAGAGGAAAUCAGCAAAUCCUCACUUUGGAGAAUAAUUGGUAUUCCCUGUUUUAAUAAAUGACUUGAAAGAUAAAUAGAUUUUCCAAAUUAUUGCUGAUUAAUUUUGACUUAAUAUUAAUAUCUGCCUUGUAUUUAAUUCCCCAGAGGAUGAUUUAGGAUAUGAAGUUUGGCCCAACAACACGGUAAACCCUUUUAAACGAGACCUGUCACAGAGUAUAAGGGAUGCUGUAAUACAUAUUUAAAAAGUGUCUUGAACAUCGUGUAAAAUGCCGUUAUUAGCCGCUAGUCAGAUUGUGCUGUAAUCCGAGGGUUAAAGUUAAAGUAGCUAAACUUAACUAGCUAAUGGUGUUUUUAUUGUGUGCUAAACAUGAACCAUGUAUAUCAUAGUCCACUCUCGGAUAAGCAGAGCUAGCUAGCUAACGCGAUCAGUGGAAAUUGUGGUCAAACGUUAGUGGACUAACACGUGCCUGAUUCAUGUUUAGCACAAAAGAAAACGCUAGCUUUUAUGCUAAAGGUCGGAGAAUGAUACAUUUUAUACGAGGUUUAUUGACCGUUAGCUAAAGGAAAGAAGUGGAAAUUGUGUAUUAUUUAGUACAAAAUCCAUCUUCAUCAUCUACUGACGAAUCUUUUAUCUGGAGCGAAACUAGUUGAAACUUGUUGUUAAACACCAAUUUUGGAGCUGAAAAAUAUCCGUUUGUGACCAAAAACAUCCUGUAAAUACUGAAAUAACGACUAAAAACGUCUAAUAUUCUAUUUAAGCCGUAGAGAGAAUCAGUUGUACAGGAUUUUACCAACAUUUCUUGAGGUUUAACCCCCCGCGGUGUGAUGGGCGUGGAAGAGUAAAAGUAUGGUGCCUUCAUUUUGAGUCGUCUCGUGACCGUACGGUGACAUUUGCACACUUUGUAUGACUUUAACUUCUCUCGAUAUGUAAAACAAGUUGGAUAUUUUUCGUGUAUGAGCAUUUGUGUAACGUGGUCCUUGCUGUAAUAUAUUGGCUUGUCAUUCGUGCGCACAGUACCCGUUGUUUUAAAUAUAAACAGGGGAUGAAGACGUGGAUGAAGAGGAUAUAUUUCACUAACAAAAUCUACAUAUUUUGGGUUUUAAUCUCUUUUGUUUUUAAAGUAAUCUUAAAGGUUUUCUAACUCGUUCUCUCAGGUGAUUUCUCAGUGGCCCAGAAUGUUCUCAAUGAAAACGAUAUUCAGAAAUGUGAAGCGUGUAUUUCUCAUGUCAUGUUUCUUAAAGUCGGAUAUAAUUUGUACUGUUAAAAUAUUAAAGAAAAGGAUGUAAAUAACA